UGUUCUAAGAUCAGUCUAGUCAAAGCAUAUCCUGCCGGACAAAUACAAAAAGCUAUUAAAAUGUACGCUGUAAUAGAUGAACAGUCCAAUAGGUCACUGGCAAAGUCAGAGUUCUUCAACCUUUUUGAUAUCGAUUCCAGUCCCAUUCCUUACACAUUAAAGACUUGCUCUGGAAAAGCACAGGCAUCAGGAAGGAGAGCUGUAAACUUCUUCAUCGAGUCCAUGGAUGGAAAGGUCAAUCUCCAGCUACCCCCUUUGAUAGAAUGUGACUCUGUUCCAGAUGACAGAACUGAAAUACCUUCUCCUGAGAUGGCACAGCAUCACCCACAUCUACUCAAAGUAGCAGACAAAAUCCAACCUGUCGACCACCACGCUCCUAUUCUUUUACUCUUAGGAAGGGACAUCCUCAGGGUUCAUAAGGUACGUGAGCAAAUCAACGGGCCCAAUAAUGCACCUUAUGCACAAAGGCUAGACUUAGGCUGGGUUAUUGUAGGGGAGGUGUGUUUAGGAAACGCUCAUGGUCAGUCAGAGGUCAACGUUUACAAGACACACACCUUAGAUAACGGUCGUGCUUCCUACUUUGAGCCCUGCCCAAACACAAUUCAUGUUAAAGAGAAUUAUGGAGUCACUUUAAACCCUGCAUGCGACAUGGACAGUUUGGGAAACGCUGUGUUUGUUAGGUCUGAGUAUGAUGACAAACAAGCUAUGUCAAUUGAUGACAAAACAUUUCUAACAAUAAUGGACAACGAAGUCUAUCAAAACGAAGAGAACUGCUGGGUGGCACCCUUACCUUUUUGCUCUCAGAGAAGAAAGCUGCCUAAUAAUAGAGAACAAGCCCUCAAACGCCUUUCCUCACUGAGAAAGGCUCUAACAAAGAAACCGGAAAUGAAAGCUCAUUACAUCCAAUUCAUGCAAAAAAUGUUGGACAACGAUCAAGCAGAACACGCUCCACCUCUGCCAGCCGAUAAAGAACAUUGGUAUCUACCCACAUUCGGCGUAUACCACCCACAGAAGCCAGAACAAAUACGGGUCAUGUUUGACUCUAGUGCCGAGUGUGAUGGAGUUUCUCUCAACCAAGUGCUUCUUACUGGACCAGAUUUGAACAACUCUCUGUUAGGAGUUCUGCUACGCUUUCGUAAAGAGCCCAUAGC